AUGGUUCGCGGCAUCGGCGCCGUGCUGGUCCUGCUGUGCUGGACGACAGCCGUUGCAGCUCGGAACUACACGCUGCGCGACGAGAUUACCGGGCGCAAGUUCCUCGACGCCUUCUACUUUUGGGCGUACAACGACCCGACCAACGGCACGGUCGAGUAUGUCGACGAGCUCACCGCGGUGGCAAACCGUCUCGCGUACGUCGAUCCGAAUGGACGCUUCGUCAUGCGUGCCGACAACACCACGCUCAUUCCCUCGGGCAAAGGUCGACCGAGCGUCCGCAUUCACAGCAAACGCAAAGUGGCCGACGGGAUCAUCGUGGGCAAGUUCAGCCACAUGCCACAGGGAUGUGCCACCUGGCCUGCGUUUUGGACGUGCACCACAGAGCGAUGGCCGAGGGGAGGUGAAAUCGAUAUCGUCGAAGGCGCCAACGACCAGGGACCGCGCAACCUCGCCAGCUUGCAUACGCUGUACGGCUGUCACAUCCCCGGUGGGUCAAGGUCGGAUCAGACCGGUUUUACUGGACAGGCAGAUUGCUCGUACCAGCCCGGAUGCUCGGCCUCGUUCAACGCAGAUCAAUCCUACGGUCCGGGAUUCAAUGCCAACGGUGGGGGAUACUUUGCGGUGCGGAGGGAAACGCGACCUGGCGAUCCGGGCAUUGGCGUGUACUUUUGGCCGAUCACUACGGCCACCUCCUCCCUUCCCGCCGCUGUCGCUGCAGCUGCAGACGGUACCUCGGCACCAAAGUACGUCGUGACCAACUCCAACGCCACUGGGAACGAUCGGACCGAGCUUAGGAAAUGGGGCACUCCUGCGGCGUUCUUCGCAAACACGCCCAACGCCACCGCUUCGCAAGCUGCCUUGGCGACAGGGCAAGGCUCGGUGUGUCAGAUGGAAAACUACUUUGACGAGCACGAGAUCAUCAUCAACCUCUCGCUGUGCGGUGAUUGGGCAGGCGAGACCUUCGGGUACAGCGGUUGUGCGGCGAGGUACGGCAAUGUCUCGUGUGAGACGUUUGUGCGAAACAACCCCGCUGCCUUCAGCGACGCGCGCUGGGAAAUCGACUUCCUCCGCAUCUACGACAACUCCGCAUCCUCAAUCCACCUAAACUUGGUCGGCUGCAUCCUAGCGACGGUCUUGUCAAUAGCGCUACUUCUAUAG